AUGUUGAGGCUCUUCACUAGGUAUAAUACUGCGGCAAGGCCUGGAUUGAGCCUUAGACCUCUAGCUACACAAGCAUCUCCUUUGGGUGUGGAUGGUAGCACAGAGAACAACUUAAAGACAGAAACAAACAGAUUGGCAAAAACUGGUGAAAAAUUUUGGGAAAAGGUAUCGUUAAAGGAUGAUGGAUCACAGUUUCUAGUGCAAUUGGAUUCCAAGACUGUUUUGACCCCAUUGGGGAACGCAUUAGCUGUCGACAAGAGGAGAAGUUUGCUGGCGAUGCUUUUAAAGAAAGAAUGGACAAAUUUGCCCAGUCUGGCAAUUAAAACCCAUGCUUUACCAUUGACUUCAUUGGUUUCACGUUGUAUAGACCUGGAAAAUGUGAAUAAACCAGAUAGCGAUCCUGAGAUGAGGGCAAAAAUUGGUGGUGACCGUGAGCAUAUUGCCAACGACUUACUACGUUACUUGGACACAGAUACUUUGCUAGUGUUUUGCCCGCAAGCUGAAUUCGAAGGAGCUUUGAGGAAAGCACAGGAUGAACGUUACCUACCAAUCAUUGCGUCAGUAGAGAAAUUUUUGGGUCAAUAUAGCACUUCACCUAUCAAAUUGAGAGUUUUAGAUGCAGACGUCGAUGGACUCAGAGGUAACAGUCAAACUAAUGAAACAAGAAAAGCAGCAAAGAAAUUCUUGGAGUCCUUAUCCUUAUGGGAUCUAGCAAUCUUCGAGAAGACAGUGCUAACCACCAAAUCUUUCAUUUGUGGAGUGCUACUCUUACAAAAUAAAGCGCUGGACAAAUCGGCCGAGGGUCUUACGUCGACAAUGGAAUCUGUUGCUCAAGCUGCUACCUUAGAAAUCAUACAUCAAACAGACAGAUGGGGUGAAGUUGAAGAUACACAUGAUGUUGACAAGCGUGAUGUUAGAAGAAACAUACACGCUGCUGGAAUUGUAGCUUACAAAUAA